CCCAAUACUCGAUGGGCCUAUUUGGGCUUAGGGAGCGUGGUUGGUAAAGCAACCCAUCUUGGUCUUAUGGAGUCGUAGGUGGGCUCAAAAUCCAACCCGAUCCCUUCCCUCCUCUUUCACGACCUCCCUCUUUCUCUUUCUGGUCUGUAUAAACAAUGAACCGGAGCUGCGUCAUCGGAAACCCGUUAAAGUUAACGGCUGUCGUUGCUCAGUACCUGAAACCCCAUUUGAACGUGACCUCUCACCUUAACGUUCCUGUUUCUUGCCAUUACCCUCCGCUAAUUUCUGCUAUUAGACGUUUCUUCACCAACGACUCGGCGACCAAGAACUCGCCGCCGCACACUCAGAACUCCGAGUUGAACCGUGUGGAAACGCUGGUUGACGGCUGCGACUACGAGCACUGGCUCGUGGUCAUGGAACCCCCCGAAGGAUACCCACUUCGAGACCAAAUCGUUCACCAUUAUAUAAGGACUCUCGCUAUGGCAUUGGGCAGUGAGGAGGAAGCAACGAAAUCAAUAUACUCAGUUUCCACGAAGUACUACUAUGCAUUCGGCUGCAAAAUCCCUGAAAAUUGGACGCAUAAAAUCAAAUCACUGCCAAAUGUGAGAUGGGUUCUGCCAGACUCUUAUUUAUGUCGUCGUGAAAACGACUAUGGAGGAGAACCAUUUAUAGAUGGAGAAAUGGUUGCAUAUGAUGAGAAGUACCAUGCAGAUUGGUUACGAAAGCUGCACGAUGAUGAAUGUAAGAAGAGAACUCGUUCAAGGAAAGGCAAAAGAAAAGAAAAGAAGUAAUUAGGUGAGACGUGGUUGAACUUCCAAGCUCUUCCAGGUGAGAGAUGUUUACCUCCCAGAGGCAUAAAGACAUGAGCAACUGUAAUUAAACAAGGAUUUCAGAAAGGGAGAAGCCUAGCCUUUAAUGCAAAUGCACAUGAGCAAGUUGAUUUAAUUUGAUCACAAUUUGAUUGAAUUUACUGAUGCUUUCUAGGUGUAGAAUUUGGUGGUUUACACUGCACUAUACGAUUUGAAAGGUCAGCUAUAUGGUGUUAACUUGUAAUGCGCAUGCUUUAAAUUUGCUAAUUUGUAGGUUACUUGUCAGAAUUCUGCUUUAAUAUACUAUAUGUUCAGGCUUAAAAAUUAAAAUUUGAAUUAUAUGUGUGG